UGAUCACAGCCGAAGACGACAAUGAACGGCAGCGACUCUGGCAGCAAGCGACUGCACGAGCAGGACGCCGCCGGGUCUAGCGCCGAUCCCAGCACCAAGCGACUGCGGCUCGACGAGGACGCAGGAAAUGCUUCCGGCGAGCUCUCCAGCGAGGAACUCGCCAAGCAGAAGCGCCGUGAAAAAUUGGAAGCGUGGCGACGCGAGAAGGAAGCCGCUGCCGCUGCCGCCGCUGCUGCUGCUCCUGUUACUGCUACUACGGCUGCUGCACCAGCAGUCGCGGCCAGCAUCGGACCCGCAGUGUCAUUGGGCAAGGUACAGCCAGCACCUGCGGCUCCUGCUAUGACCAUCUCGAUCGGCGGAUUGGCCAGGCCAGGCGCACAAGCGCCCUCAGUGUUUGGUCUCAGUGGCGCCAAGCCAGCCACGAUCCGAGCAUCCGUGUUUGGGAACGACAAUGACGAUGAUGAUGACGACGAUGGCAGUGGCAGUGCUGCGCUGUCGACUCUGACUCUGGGCGCCGCACACCGAGCGCGAAAGUCGAAACUCGCCAAGCUCGACCUGAACGCCGACGACGACGAGAGCAACAGCCUUCCUGCCGCGACCACCAACGCGCAAAAGCAAGGAAACUCACUAGCAGAGCAAUCGAAUGCCAAUCCAACAGGAUCGGGAGCAGUCGCUCAGCCGAUGGAUGUGGCGAAGGCUUUCAGCAACGGUGCCGUCAACAAGCAACAGGGAGACGAUGAUCUCGACGCCUACAUGAUGAACGUCCAGGCUACCGUUCGAGAACUCAACAUUCGCAAGGAAUCGGGCCAGCCAGCGACGGCCGCUGCUACUGCAAUGACGCUGGACUCGGAGCUGCAAAGCGCCGAUCAGCUCGAGGCGGACGAUGCUGCGCUGAUUUUCGGCCACGGCGACAACGAAGAUUUGCAAGAGAAGGCAAGGAACGUUACCGCCAAAAAGAAGGAGCUCGGUGCCGUUGACCACUCCAAGAUUGUCUAUCCCGAGUUUUCAAAGAACUUUUACAAGGAGGUGCCCGAGCUCGCCCGCAUGACCGAGCUCGAGGUCAAGCAGUAUCGACGCGAGCUGGAAAAUAUCAAGGUCAAGGGUGACCAGCCACCAAGGCCGAUCAAGAACUGGUCCCAGUGCGGCGUGAACGCACUCACCCUCAAAAUCUUAACCGACAAAUGCAAGUUUGAAAAGCCGACGCCCAUCCAAGCACAGGCGGUUCCCGCCGUGAUGAGCGGUCGCGAUCUGAUUGCGAUCGCGAAAACAGGCAGCGGCAAGACGCUUGCAUUCGUCUUGCCCAUGAUUCGGCAUAUUCUCGCACAGCCUCCGCUGUCGGCGGACGACGGGCCGAUCGGCUUGAUUCUGACGCCGACACGCGAGCUCGCCGUCCAGACCUACACCGAGUGCAAGCGUUUUGCCGCGCCAAACCAGCUGCGAACCGUCUGCCUCUAUGGUGGCUCGGCCAUCACCGAGCAGAUUGCAGACUUGAAGCGAGGCGCCGAGAUUAUCGUCUGCACGCCUGGCCGCAUGAUUGACAUGCUGACCGCCAAUUCGGGACGCGUGACCAACUUGCGACGGGUGACGUACCUCGUGCUCGACGAAGCGGAUCGCAUGUUUGACAUGGGCUUUGAGCCGCAAGUGAUGCGCAUUGUCAACAACAUCCGGCCCGCGCGUCAAACCGUGCUCUUCUCGGCCACCUUCCCGCGAUCGAUGGAAACGCUGGCGUACAAGAUUCUGCACCACUCCCCCUUGCAGAUCAUUGUCGGUGGCCGAAGCAUUGUCUCGAAGGAAAUUGAUCAGCACGUCCUGGUGAUUCCUGAAGCCGAAAAGUAUCUGCGCUUGCUCGAGCUUCUCGGCGUGUGGCAAGAAGAAGGGAGCGUGAUUGUGUUUGUGGAGCGCCAGGAAGCCGCGGAUAUGCUGCUCAAGUCGUUGUACGCGUCGGGCUACCCGUGUUUGUCGCUGCAUGCCGGUUUGGACCAAGGCGACCGUGAGGAGACCCUGAUUGCAUUCAAGGCCGGUGAUGUGCGGUUGCUCAUUGCGACGUCUGUCGCAGCGCGUGGCUUGGAUGUCAAAGAGCUCAAACUUGUCGUCAACUAUGACGCCCCAAACCACUACGAAGAUUAUGUUCACCGCGUUGGCCGAACGGGCCGUGCCGGACGGAAGGGUACCUCUUACACCUUCCUCACGCCCGAGCAAGGCCGCUUUGCUGGGGAUAUUCUCAACGCGCUCCAGCUGAGCGGAGCCAAUGUGCCGGAAGAACUCAAGCAGCUCAAAGAGCAGUACGAAGCCGAUGUGAAGUCUGGCAAGGCGAAAGGCGGAAAAUUCAGCGUUCGCAAGGGCAAGGGCUUUGGUUUUACGGACGAAGAAAACAACAAGGCGAACGCGCUCAAGAACAUGCAAAAGGCUGCAAUGGGCCUCGGCGAAUCAGACGACGAGGACUCUGGGCCGAGUGCAUCCACACCAUCUACAAACUCUGCGCUUGCCGCAUCCGCAUCGGCUGGUGGCGACGACGACGACGGGCCCGACGCGCUCGAUGAAGAGAUUGAGCGCAAGCUCAACGCCAGCCGCAUUUCGAGCGGCGCGCCUGCUCCUAGUGCGGCACCCGCGACCGCCACGAGCGCUCCAGCUGCCACAGGUCAAGUCAACAAGGAGGCACUUGCUGCGAUUGUCUCCUCUGUUUCCAACCGCAUUGCCGCGGCCAGCGGUGGCGGAGAGUCUGCAGCUGUACCCGUCAGUGUUUCUGCCGCAGCGGAACGUGCUCGUCAAAUUGCCGCAUCUAUCGGUCGCCGUCUGCCCACUGCUGCAGGUUCCGCCACUGGAGAUGCUGCAAAUCCCGCUGCUGCUAUGGCUGCCGCUGCUGCGUCCGCGGCUCCCCCUCCUCCCGCUCUCAUGGCCGUCGCUCCCGUUCUGCAGUUCAUCGAGCAUCUCGAGAUCAACGAUUUCCCUCAACGCGCACGUUGGCGCGUCACUCAGAAGGAGGCCGUUUCAGCAAUUUCGGAACUGUCGGGUGCCGCUCUGACACCCCGAGGCGUGUUCAUUGGGCCUGGCAAAGUGCCCGGGCCCAACGAGAAGAAGCUCUACAUUGUCAUUGAGGCAGACAAUGAUUUUGCGGUGCAAAAAGCCAAAACCGAGAUCAAGCGCAUCAUCCGCGAGGAGCUUGCGCGCGAGGCCGACAACGCGCUUCAGAAUCGCAACCUCGGCGGUUCGACGAAUGCCCCUGGUCGCUAUUCAGUCUUGUAGCGGUAGCAAUGUGCCCCCUUUUUUUGUUUUGCUCCUGUUACAAGUGUACCGUGUUUCUUCCCCCGCUCCCCUUUGGUUUGAUCUCUGUUUUGCCAAAGUUAAACGAUCGAUGACUUUGUUGAACG